AUGGGCAGCUUCACUUUCAAGUGGGAGCAUCCCGCCGACGAGGUCUACGUGACGGGUACAUUCGACAACUGGACCAAGAGCGUUCAGCUCGAGAAGGAGGGCAAUGUUUUCUCCAAGACAGUCGACCUGAAGGAGCCCGAGGGCAAGAUUUACUACAAGUUCAUUGUCGACGGUAAUUGGAUCAUCAAUCAAUCAGCUCCCAACGAACCUGAUCUCGAGGGUAACGUAAACAACUUCAUCACUCCCGAUCAACUUAACGCCGAAACCCCCGGCGCCGCUAUACUCAACACUGUGACUCCUUCGUCUACAACCGCUGCGAUGGCUGCCGAACAACCUAUCGAGAACAAGCCCACAGAGCAGAAGACUCUGGGUGAUGAGGUAACUCGCGAGAUUGUUGCUACUGACGGCAAUAUACUGACUUCCGAGAAGCCUACCCAAGACGAGAAAUUGCCCGUCGAGACCCCUUCUGAUAUUCCUGGUGGCUUCCCAGCUACACCUGCCAACGAGCUCGACAAGGCCAUUGGCAUCAACCCUCUGCCCGCUUCUGAGGGCGCCGGAAACCCUAUCAAGCUGGAGCCUGGCGAGAAGAUCCCCGAAUCCAUCACCGCUCAAAGCACCGACAAAUACGUCAAGCUUGAUAAGGAGUCGUACGAGAAGAGCGACGCUCUCCCCGGCAUUGAGACCGAGCUCCCCCCUGUAUCUUCCAACACUAUUCCCGAAUCCAGUCUGCCCAUUAUCGGCGCACAGGAUGUUCUCAUUAACUCCGCUGCUCCCACAGCCACUACUGCCGGCCUUGCCGCCGAGGUUCCGCUCGAAUCCAACAGUGCUUUCGUCCCCGAGGUUGUAAGAGAAAGCCAGGAGAAGGCUGGCGCUGUUACUGAGGCCAGCACUGACCCCACGGAGGUCAAGGAAAAGACCCUGGUUGAGGAAGAGCUCAAGGAAACUGUGCCCGAGGCGCCUGCUACCUCAGUAGGAACCGCUGGUGUUGGUACCGAGAAGUCUGAGAACACACCAGACGCUAGCCUCGCCGCUCUGGCCGCUACUGCCGGCGGUGCUGUGAUUGCUGCUGGUCUUGCUGCCAAGGAGACAGUGGAGGAGAAGGCCGGCCCUGCACUGAACAGCGCUGCUGACGCUAUUACCGAUACCGCCAACAAGAACUUACCCGAUUCCGUCAAAGAGCAGCUUCCCGUUGCAGCCCAAGAGACCCUGGCCGCCAAGAACGAGGAGCAGAUUCGACAGGAAGUUUCCCCUGAGGUUCCCGCCGAAGUUAAGGAAUCUCUUGUUGAGGCCGGCAAGUCACCUGAAGCAGCUGCUAAUACUGCCGCUAUUGAGGAUAAGAAGGAGGUAGAGAAUGAGCUUCUCAAGGAGGUCAAGCCUGUCACCGGUAUUUAUGACUCUGUUGUUGAGCAACCCAAAGAGGAACCAAAGCAGGUAUCUCCUGAGGUUCCUGUCGAGGUGAAGGACUCCAUUGUGGAGGCUGGCAAGAGUCCCGAAGCUGCUGCCAACACUGAGGCCGUUGAGGAAAAGAAGCUUGUCGAAGCUGAGCUCCUCAAGGAGGUUAAGCCUGCUGCGACCAUCGAUGAGACCCCUAAGGUUGCUCCUGAAGUUCCCACCGAAGUCAAGGAGUCCAUCGUGGAGUCUGGCGAGCGCCCUGAGGCUGCUGCUAGCACAGAAGCUGUCGAGAACAAAAAGGAGGUCGAAGCUCAGCUUCUCAAAGAGGCCGAGCCUGUUCCUGCUGUUGACGAGGUCAAGUCCCAGGAGACUGAGUCUGCUGUUCCCGCUGUUCCCGCCCCUGCUGCUGCCCCUCUUGAGACAAAGGUUGUGGAUGCAAAGCCUGAUGCUGAGCCUGUGACUAAGCCCGAGGAGCCCAAGACCGAGGCUAAGACAGAAACGCCGGCCGUUGGCAAUGGCAGCUCAGCAACCGGUAAUGGCACUACAGCAACUGGAAAUGGCGCCAAGGCCACAGAGACCAAGACCACCACACCAGCCAACGGCAGCAGCUCGACGGCCAGUGGUGAAAAGAAGAAGAAGCACAACCGACUCAGCUCAAUCUUCAGCAAGAUCAAGCACAAGCUUUCCGACAAAUAG